AAGCCGCGCCACUCCAUUUCUCUCCCUUUCGCGUUGAUACCCAGCCUCGGCAUUUUUGGAGCUCACGCCGGAGCUCCCAAGACACCCGGAUGCAUGCCGUGACAUGGCAAACGGUCCGCCGCGCUUCUCGUAGGAUCCCCGCCGUCUUCAUCGCCGGGCAACGACGACACCUGCCGCGCGCCAGGCCCUUCCACAUUACCUCGGCCGCGCGCUACGCCGCCGUCGAGCCGCCUCCAUCAUCCAACGAACCGCGCGACUCGGAGCACAAUGGCAAGGGCAAGCAGGAGCUGGAGCCGCAAGCGGCCGACGGGACACCCGCCGGCGCUGAAGUUGUGAGCAAGGACGAGGAGCGGGCAAAGCUGGUGAAGAACCCGACCAAGAACAAGGUGGAUGCUAGGCCGUACACCGUGGAGACGAAGCGCUCCACGCGAACCAAGAACUACGACGGUGUACCAGCAAUAAACAUCCCUCCGCGCUUCCUGAAGAAGAAUGUCUCGCUCGCCGAGGAGAUGGUUGCUAAGGUAGGGGAGGGCGAAGUGCACAAUUGGAAGGAGCUGUCGCGGGCGAUUCACAAAACGCUGGACGAAAUCUCGGUGGCCUCGAAAGAUAACCCGCAUGAUGAGCUUUUGAAUACCGCGGCCAAGGUGUUUGAGAGCAAUCCCAAUAACGGGGACGGGAACGGGGAUGGGGACAAACCUCGGCCGUUUGGAAAGGGUAUUCAUCUUGCCGUUAUAUACGAGGUGCUCACGGCCAUUUCCGCGAGUCUGUCCACGGCUCACCGCGAGCUCGGGAAGUCCUUUCCUUCGGUCAAGUCCAACCUGAUCUUGCAUACGCCCAUUGAUGGUGGCAUGGAAAGUCUCGAAGAAAUGAUCUGGCAGUGUUGUGCGGAGGUCGACGCCGAUGUAAUUACGCUCGAUGCCCAAGACAUUGCCGAGCUUGUCGGCGACUACUUUGGCGACGGUCAAGAGCCAUCUGCGUAUUCCAUCCGCUCGUUGGGCUAUGAAACGCAUCGAUCCCGGAGCGAAGGUUACGAGAUGGAGGAAGACGAGGUAGAUGAGUAUGAGGGAGAAGAAGACGCAGAGGAUCCCCAGGAAGACCCAAUGGUGCCUACACGGUCCGGCAACAAAGGCAAAAAGCAAGCUGCUUUUGUGCUCUCCGGUGUGAGUACAGUCAAUCUUGCGGACCUCUUCAGAUCUCCCAACGGACCAAAAGGCAAGGCCGCUGGCCGUGGGUUUCCAGGGGGUGAUUACAUCGCGGGACCGAUGGGUAGGCCGCAAUCAACUAAUGCGGCUCAGUGGGAUGAUAUGAAGCUCGGGAAUUUUCUGGAUGAACUGCUUCUCACAAACUCGACCAAACGAGCGGAGAUAACGAGCAAAAUGGAGUCUGGCGGCAAGGCGACGAGUUCCUCGAGCGAGGCUCAAAACAUCACCACGUCGGCCCCCAACUCACCGGAAACGAACCAGGCAAACCCUGAUGCGGCCCAAACGCAGCAAAACCCAUCUUCCAUGUCUCCGCGGACUGUUGUCCUCAUAAAAGAUUACAAGGAGCUUAGCGUAACUCGGCAAGGCGCAAAGGUUCUCGACAAGAUCACAGACAUUGUUCAUAAAAGGAGGCAAUUAGGCGCAGAGAUUAUGGUAGUUGGCUUGACGGCGUCUGCGGAACUGGUUCCUGAAUUCUCGCGCUCUAGCAUCAAAGCACUUCAGGCCGAGAACGAAGACAGCUUUUUCAGGACCAUCGUUGUGCCGAUAGGCCCCACCGUUAUAUCUCAUGAUGCCCAUUCCAAAAGCGCGAGCCACAAGUCGGAUGCCCGCUUGACACCCCGCUCGGCACUUGAGACUGAUAAUGAGCGACGGAACUUUGCGAUCAACGAAAGGCACAUCAAAGACAUGUUCCGAAGGCUGGACCCGAAUUUCGAUUCUCGGGAGCUUUCCUUGGAAUUGGUCCAAAACAAUGACAACCUGGAAUCAAGAGUGCUCGCUUUCCAUGAAGUCCAUCGGCUGGCAUUAACAGCCAUCGGCAUCAAGAAAGCGCUAGCGGAGUCUCCAGAUUUCAAGCCUGAGCUUGUCCGCACAGCCAUGACGCUCCUCCGGCUCAGCGACGAUGUCAAAUUUGCGUGGGCGGCGCAUGAGCGGUUGAUGCAAAAUCCAAAGGAUGUCAUCGACGAGAUGAAGAAGAACAAGACCACCAAGACGGCCGCCGACCACCGUCUGGAGAGAGUCCAGAAGACGGCCAACAAGCACGAGAAGAAACUGCUUACCGGCGUGGUCAACCCGCAGCACAUCAAGACGACCUUCAACGACGUGCACGCCACGGCCGAGACCAUCGAAGCCCUGAAGACGAUGACAAGCCUGUCCCUGCAACGGCCUGACGCCUUCACAUACGGUGUCCUAGCUGCAGACAAGAUCCCAGGCUUGUUAUUGUACGGGCCACCAGGCACGGGCAAGACGCUGCUGGCAAAGGCAGUAGCCAAGGAGUCAGGCGCAACGGUGCUGGAAGUGAGCGGAAGUGAAGUCUACGACAUGUAUGUAGGCGAAGGCGAGAAGAACGUACGGGCGCUGUUCAGCCUGGCGCGCAAGCUCAGCCCCUGCGUUGUCUUCAUCGACGAGGCCGACGCCAUCUUCGGCUCGCGCAGCGGCAACCGGCACCGCACCAGCCACCGCGAGAUCCUGAACCAGUUCCUGAAGGAGUGGGACGGGAUGAACGACCUGAGCGUGUUCAUCAUGGUGGCGACGAACCGGCCAUUCGACAUUGACGACGCGGUGCUCCGGCGGCUGCCGCGGCGCUUGCUCGUCGACCUGCCGGCGCAGAAGGACCGCAAGGAAAUCCUGCAGAUCCAUCUCAAGGACGAGCAGCUCGAUGCCGCUGUCAGCCUUGAUGACCUUGCGUUGCGCACGCCCUUCUACUCUGGCUCCGAUCUCAAAAACCUGUGUGUCUCUGCCGCGCUGGCCUGCGUGCGCGAGGAAAACGCCGAGGCCGCCAGGUUCCGCGAGGCGGUUAAGGCGUCGCAAGCAGAGGCAGAAGGCGAGAACGAGACGGGGAGCGCAGCCGAGGACAAGAGCGCGAGCAGCAACAACUCCAGCAACGACGCCUCUCCCACCGGCUCCACAACCACAGACGCCAACCCCAAGACCAUCACCAUCAGCAACGACCACACCCCGCCCUCAGUCCUCGACUCGAUCCUCUCCUUCUCCUCCCCCUCCUCCUCCACUUCCUCUUCCUCCCCCGAGACCCCGGCCCCCGCCGCCGAACCAGCCUACACGUUCCCGGCCCGCCGCACGCUGCGCCCCCACCACUUCGAGCAGGCGCUGCGCGAGAUCGGCGCCUCCGUCUCCGAGGACAUGUCCUCGCUGGCGGCGAUCCGCAAGUUCGACGAGCAGUACGGCGACAAGCGCGGCAAGCGGCGGCGCAGCGCUUGGGGCUUCCAUCUUGCGGAUAUGGAGGCCAAGGAGAGUGAUGUUAGGGUUAGGAAGUAAGGGGUCGUUUUUGUUGUGUUGUGUGGGGUUGGGGAUGGUUUGGUGAGGGAGGGUUGGUUGGUUGGUGGGGAAGAGGGGGAUGAGUGUGGGUGUGGGUGUAUGAGUGGGGUAGGGGACGUAUGUGUUUGGUAAAUUGAUUGAUUGGUUGGUUGGGUGGUUUGCUGGUGAUUGCCUGUCGCUGUAGAAGGUGUAUAAGCGGG